AUGGCAAUUGAAGAAAAAAGCGAAGCGGUGAUUACCGAUCACGAUGUAGCAAGUUAUGACGAGUAUGAAGAUAAAGCUAUUGAAAAAAGAAUUAUCAGGAAAUUAGAUAUUUAUUUAUUAC